UUCUGUUCAUUACAGAAAAUUUAUUUUUCUAAGGUUUGCAUCACUGUUUCAACGGAUAUAAGAGGAGCCGUUGAAGGUAGGCAUCCUCCAUUUUCUUCGUUGCGGCAUCAUGUCACACAGGAAAUUCAGCGCCCCUCGACAUGGGUCGAUGGGAUUCUACCCAAAAAAGAGAUCUCAGAGACAUCGCGGAAAGGUAAAGGCUUUCCCGAAGGAUGAUCCAAGCAAGCCUGUACACUUGACUGCUUUUAUCGGCUACAAGGCUGGUAUGACUCACGUCGUGAGAGAGGCUGACCGUCCUGGAUCAAAGGUAAAUAAGAAAGAGAUUGUGGAAGCUGUUACUGUCCUCGAGACACCGCCGAUGAUCGUUGUUGGUCUUGUUGGAUACAUUGAUACGCCACAUGGACUUCGAGCGCUCGCCACUGUCUGGGCAGAACACUUGUCAGAAGAUUGUCGCAGACGUUUCUAUAAGAAUUGGUACAAGAGCAAGAAGAAGGCGUUCACGAAAGCAUCGAAGAAAUGGCAGGACGAUCUCGGCCGCAAGUCCAUCGAAGCGGAUCUCAAAAAGAUCAAGAAGUAUUGCAGCGUUGUUCGCAUCAUUGCUCACACUCAGAUGAAACUGCUGAGACAACGUCAGAAGAAAGCCCACAUCAUGGAGAUCCAAUUGAAUGGCGGCACUAUUGACGACAAGGUGCAAUGGGCGCGCGAGCAUUUGGAAAAGCCUGUACCUAUUAGUAGCGUCUUCGCUGCCGAUGAGAUGAUCGACGUGAUUGGAGUUACAAAGGGAAAGGGCUACAAAGGUGUUACAUCCAGGUGGCACACGAAGAAAUUGCCGCGCAAGACCCACAAGGGCCUGAGAAAGGUUGCCUGUAUCGGUGCGUGGCAUCCUAGCCGCGUGUCCUUCACUGUUGCGCGCGCCGGUCAAAAAGGAUACCAUCAUCGUACUGAAAUGAACAAGAAGAUUUACAGGAUCGGACAGGGCAUCCAUACCAAGGAUGGCAAGAUUGUGAAGAAUAAUGCUUCGACGGAGUAUGAUCUUACCGACAAAAGCAUCACACCUAUGGGUGGCUUCCCACAUUACGGUGAAGUUAAUAACGACUUCAUCAUGAUUAAAGGAUGCUGCAUGGGCCCGAAAAAGCGCGUGAUUACGCUCAGAAAGUCCUUGUUGGUGCACACCAAGAGGUCGGCGUUGGAAAAGAUCAACCUCAAGUUCAUCGAUACUAGCUCCAAAUUCGGACAUGGUCGCUUCCAGACUGCUGUCGAUAAGGCCUCCUUCAUGGGACAACUUAAGAAGGACCGUCUGCGUGAGGAAGAAGCACGUACUGUUGGUGUACCGACCGCUCCACCAGCGCAAUAAAAUCGUGUUACUGAUUACGAUUUAUGAGGAAAAAAAAUAAAUUUUAAAAAUCUUGUGUA